AAUCCUAACCCAUGCUCCAAUUCUAUAAAAACUGUUAUACUCUCUUUGUCGGGGGGAUUAUCUGUGAUUGAUACGAGGACCUCCUGGCCGUGAUUAAAGCAUAUUCAAAGGAAUUGUCUGGAGUCUGUCUGGUUACUGCUGUGCAGCAGGAGCUGAAAAUGGCAACUAAAUACCUGAUGCUUAUUGCCUUGGGGACUGCAGUGAUUGGCAGUGUGCACUGUUGCCCUCAGCAGUGUAUCUGCUCUGAUAAAUAUAACCACCAUUUUGCAGAUUGUGCCUACAAAGAACUUCUGGAAGUACCCAUGGGCUUGCCAUCCAAUGUGACCACCGUGAGUCUUUCAGCUAACAAAAUUAAAGUGCUGAAAUCCAAAACCUUUAUAAAUGUGAUCCAGGUGACCUCUCUUUGGAUAGCUCACAAUGAAAUCGUCACCGUCGAGAGGGACACCUUGGCUCCGAUGAUUCAGCUGAGAAAUUUGGAUAUUAGCUACAACAAAAUUGUGCAUUUUCCAUGGGAGGACUUGACCAAUCUCACUGCCCUGCAGAUGUUAAAGAUGAACAAUAAUGAGAUGGUCAGUAUCCCCAAGAAUGCUUUUUCCAACCUGAAGGACCUGCGUUCAGUCCGUAUUAACAAUAACAAGUUUACCACCAUCGUGCAGGGAACGUUUAAUGCUUUGACUGCCAUGUCCCACCUCCAAAUCUUCCACAACCCCUUCAUCUGCUCCUGCAAGCUUGAGUGGCUUAGGGACUGGAUUAUCAAAUCCUCAAUCUCAAUCCCUGACCAAAACAACAUUAUCUGCAAUGCUCCUUCCCUCCUUAAAGGUACACAAGUCACUAGCAUGCCCAAACUGGAUUGCAAGGCCCCGUCCGUGUCUACCACAUAUCAGACAAACAUCCUUCCACCCAGAACACAUCUCACUAUGGUGGAUAAAGAGCAAGUGGAAGAAGGGACCGAUAGUUUGCCAUUUGUUGGCAAAUGCGAAAUAAAUGAUGGUAUGCAGUACAUCUCCAACCGUGCUUUCAACCUCAGCUUGAAUAGACUCAAACAGAACACUUUUGAUUUCGGGGUGAUUGCUCUGGAAGUUUCAGAGACUGAGGCCAAAGUUCAGCUGAACCCUUUCCAGAAGUCAAACAUUCACCUCAGUCAACAAGAAGACCUCCAAACUGUGAAUAAGGAGCCGUCCACCAAAAAGUCACCCCUGGACAUGUUGUACCUUUGCGUCAGUACUGACAAUGGAUAUUCAGUGUUGCAGUGGUCCAAAAUAGAGGAGGGGGGCGUCAAAACCUAUCGCCUCAAGCCAGGCACUAAUUACAGCCUGUGCUUCACCUAUGAAAGCCAGGACUGUCAAGUCCAAGUGGUCUUUAGUGCCCCACUUAAAUGGGACAGCUUUAGUCCAAGUGUUGUGGUUAUUGUGCUUUAACUACAAAUACCACAUUAAAAGUACAGUCACUGUGGUAAAAGCAUGAUAUGUGUUGCGGUUACCGUGAUUUAACUACAAAUACUACAGUAAAACUACAGUUACGGUGGGAGAAGUAUGGUAUUAUGUUGUGGUUACUGUGCAUUAACUACAAAUGACAUGGUCGAGCAACAGUUACUAUGGUAAAAAUAUGGUAAAUGUGUUGACUUUUUACAUGAUUCCUUUCCCACCAUAGGCAAAUUUCAAAUCAAAUAUCUUUUUACCAUGAAAACUAACUUUAUAAUGCUGGGUCAGAUUAUGCUUGUGUAUUGAUUUGAAACACGACAUAUAAUUUCAUUCAUAAAUACAGGACAAUCGACUAUUUAACGAGACGGGUGGAAACCCUACCUGAAUGUGUCUUGAAAUCAUCUAAAAUCACUAGCUGCAUCUCAAUUUG